GGGGGGGGCGUUAGGUGAUCGCGCUCCCCUCAGCUCGGGGCUUUGAACACAGCGGUGGAUCGCCCUAUCCCACACAGCCUUUUGUCUCCUCUUGGGACAGAGCCUGUGGAAUAAAGACACUUAUGGAGACUUUCGAGAUGUCCUCCUCCGGCACAGCAUAUGAAGGGCAUGGGCAGAUCUGGAGAUGUCGGCAGACUCAUUUGGAGCAGGCGGCAGCGAUGCCCAGCAGAGCCUACAGACCUUUUGGCCCAGAGUGAUGGAAGAGAUCAGGAAUCUUACCGUGAAGGAUUUCCGUGUGCAAGAGCUUCCUCUUGCUCGCAUCAAGAAAAUUAUGAAACUGGAUGAGGAUGUGAAGAUGAUCAGUGCUGAGGCACCGGUGCUGUUUGCCAAAGCGGCACAGAUCUUCAUCACAGAGCUCACUCUCAGAGCCUGGAUCCACACUGAGGACAACAAACGGCGUACACUACAGAGGAAUGACAUCGCCAUGGCCAUCACUAAGUUUGACCAGUUUGACUUCCUCAUUGAUAUCGUCCCCCGGGAUGACCUCAAGCCUCCAAAACGACAGGAGGAAGUGCGUCAGUCUGUCGCCCCGACUGAGCCAGUCCAGUAUUACUUCACUCUGGCGCAGCAGCCCAGCGCAGUGCAGGUCCAAGGUCAGCAGCAAGGCCAGCAGGUGUCCGCUCCCACCGCCACCACACUACAGCCCGGGCAGAUUAUCAUCGCUCAACCCCAGCAGGGCCAGGUAUUGCAGGGAACCACCAUGCAGCAGCUACAGCAGGUGCAAGUUGCUCAAUCACAGGCGACCCCUAUCACGAGUGCUCCUGUGACCAUGCAGGUGGGCGAGGGCCAGCAGGUGCAGAUCGUGCAGGCGACCUCGCAGGGGCAGGCGCAGGCGCAGGCGGCACAGUCGGCGGGGCAGACCAUGCAGGUCAUGCAGCAGAUCAUCACCAACACAGGAGAGAUCCAGCAGAUUCCAGUGCAGCUCAACACUGGCCAGCUGCAGUAUAUCCGCUUGGCUCAGCCCGUCUCAGGAACACAGGUUGUUCAAGGACAAAUACAGACACUUGCAACAAACGCUCAGCAGAUUACACAGACCGAAGUACAACAGGGUCAGCAACAGUUCAACCAGUUCACUGAUGGGCAGCAGCUGUAUCAGAUCCAGCAGGUGACGAUGCCGGCGGGACAGGAGUUGACCCAGCCCAUGUUCAUUCAGUCCACCAGCCAGACGACCGACGGGCAGGUCAACACACAGGUCAGCGCAGACUGAGGCCGUUCAUCCCGA